AUGGAGGGUGAGGAGGCGUGUGAGGCUGGGCACUUCUUCCGGCAGCCGCGCAAGGCCGACUGCUUGCCAAUCUCCAAGCACCCCUACGGUUACGUGCAGCGCGCCGCCUACAGGCAGCCGGACCUGCACCAUGAAGAGAUCGUGGAACUGGACAGCCCGUUCGCUUCCGUGGUGGCAUCCGGCACGCAGGUCUACACGUUCCUCCUGCUGGGCGACCAGAACGCUGGCAAGUCGACGUUCCUGCACGCGUUCUGCUUUGCGCAGGACCUCAACUUCCUGGAGCUGACCUCCUACCUUCCCAUCCUGGCGUCUUCCUUCAUCAACACGCGUUUCCUGACCGAUGACACCAGUCCACCUCGGGACGAGCUGCCCUUCCUGGACACGGACAUUGCGCGGGGCACGGUCCUCCUCACGUUGGACAGCUUCGUCUUCUUCCUCGACGAGUUCGGGCUGCCCAACGAAGAGUUCCCGCCCGAUACCAGGUACGUGCUGGUACAGUUCAUCGAGAUCGGCGGAGAUCACCUCGACUCCUUGAUGAGCGCCGACCAAGAGGGCGCCGACACAUCGCGAGAAAUGCGAGACAUUCUCGACCGGUCCGCGGCGCUCCUCACCCAAGCGCGAAAGACAAUCUACUUCAUCAACGCCGCCACCCUAUUCGAGCCCAGCGCUACAGAGUACUCUGGCACGUACGCGAUCAACCAUGCCAGCCUGGGCAAGCUGACGGAGCGGCUGAGCUGGCUCUCCACGGUCCUCCCGGCGUCGCACCAGAUCCUCUUCUACCUUUCGCGCGUGCCGUCGGGCUGCACACUCGACAUGCGGUCGGUCAUGCCCGUCGUCGAGGCGGCGGACAGGGCCGCGGGCCUGCUCCCUCUGGCCCUCCCGACCGAGGGCGCGCCCGAGCAGCAGAUCAAGCUGCUGCUGGACCACCUCAAGCGAACGCACAAGUGGCGACUCGACGUCGUCGAGGUGUUCAAGUCAGAGCACCUGCAGGAGGCGACUGGCGACGAUAACACUGCGCGCAGUGGUGGCGACACGAACGAGCUGCCGCUGAAUGUCGACAAGAUCGUGGGCACGCUGGUGCGGCUGUUCCAGCAGGGGAUGCAGCACUCGAAGCGGGAGGCCGAGGUCUUCACGUUCACGCACAUUCUCCAGUGCUGGAAGAGCGAGUUCCUAGACAAGCAGCCCAGCUUUUACGAAGACCCAGGCUCCGAGGUGCAUUGGCUGCACGCUGAUGAGUUCGCGGAAUACCUCGAAGGUCUUGAGUUUUGCGAGCUGCCUGAGACCAUCCUCCUGCAGCAAUGGGGCAAGGUCGGGCGGCGGCUGGUGGACUCGUCGCUUGCGAUUGAACGAAACGGCGAGACUUCGUGCUUCUCCCGCUUCGCCAUCACCUGUAGCCAAGCCCCCGGAGGAGGCGAGGUCCACCUGCACUGCGCGCAACGAGCCGACUCCACCCCCUCGACGCAGCGCUCGGGCGCCGGCAACUACCUGGAGAUGCGACUCUUCUACUUUGCCCCGCUCAUGGACGUACUCUACUCCUACUUUGCGAAGAACAUCCCCGGCGAGUUCUGGAUCGAUCACAGCGACCAGCCGACGUCCACGUCCACCACCGCCACAACGCCGUCCGCUUCAUCUUCAUCGUCGUCACAACGGCUCUCGUUUCUGGACGACCCGUCGGUACGAUCACGCCUGGGCGACGCUGUCAAGGCGAUGGAGGAGCGUUUGCGGUCGCUGUGGCAGGCCGUUGUGGACGCUCCGGCGGGACCCGAGCACGAACGACAAGCUGUGCACUUCCUGUGGCUGGUCGAGGAGUGGCUGCACGCGCAACAGAUGCUCGCGCCCGCCGGUGAUGCUCGCCUCACGCUGCCCUCUGCCGCCGGCGCCACAGAGCGCAUCAAGGCGCUUUUCGACCUUCUCCACCGAUUGUGUCCUCAGUGA